AGCACACAAAGUGAAGGGUGUCUGUGAGUGGUGAGUGAAUCUACUGCGUUUGUUUCGUGACCCUAGAAAACUCUUUGAAAACCCAAAUAAAAGUAAAUACUACACCGAAUUCAAGUGCAAAGUUGGCACGCGAGAGUGAAUUGGAAUGUGACUGUGCAAGUUUAUUGGUGGAUACAGUGUGAAGUCGUUAUCUACUGUUGGCUGUGUGAAGGAACUGUUUGGAGAAAAAUGUCACCAAUCACACUAGUCUUCCUGUUGGCAUCUUGGUUACACUGCUGUUCAGCCAAUUCAAUUGUAACCCGUUACACGCAACUGAACCACGAUGAGCCAACCAACGCCAUCAAAGAAACCACUAUGACGUCACAGCAGGACCAAUUCCAAGCUGAGGACAAGGACAUGUUGUGGGACCAUCUGCGAGGGAUCGACACUGAGGAUCAUCUGCGGGGAAUCGACAGCGAGGAGAUGCUCGGCGAGGAUAAGGCGAGUCGCGACUCGGGAGCUGGAUACUGGCUGCUCCGUCUUGGACAGACCACGACAGAUGAGCCUGUUGUCUCCACUACGAAUGCCUCAGGAUCUCCCGCAGAUAAGAAUAUGUCUCCUGAUAGCACAAAGUCAACAGAGGCUGGCGAGGUGACCACUGUCAAUAACAAUCUCAAUAUACUACCUCCGUCUAUGGUCGAGAAGAGUGAUUCAAAAGUGAGUAAUAAACUUUCUUUAUCUAUGGUUGAGAGUCAUUCGAAGUUGAACAACGAUCUCCCUCUAUCAAUGACUCAUUCAAAAGUGAAUGAGAACAAAUCACAAGAUGAACCGUCUCCAUCUAUUGUUCUAAAGGAUCUAUCAAUGAUUGAGAAGAGUCAUUCAAAAGCGAAAUCAACUGUUGUGAAUGAAAACAAAUCACAAGAAAAACCGUCUCCAUCUGUCGUUCUAAGCGAGGACAAACAGAAACGAGUGCUACUGGUUGAAGCCGAGUUGAAGGAGAGAGAUACUUUUGUAGACAGUGAGGAAGAGGUCUUCGAAGAGACAAAUGAGAUACUGAGGGAGAGACAGAAGUUCAAUGAGCGCAUCAUCAAGGAUUUCAAUGAGGAGAGGCUGUUCGAUAGUGACGAGCAGGAGAAAGAGGAGGAGGAAGAGGAGGAGGUGGAGGAGUCUGAAAGAAGAGCGCCGUUCUAUGGAGAGAGAGGGUUCCCUGGAUUGGAAGACAACGACAUUGGGGAUAGCCCGUUCAAGAUGUGGGAUCAGAGUAGUGAUGAGCAGGAGAAGUUGAUCGAGGAGAUGGUGGUCCACAAUGAGACGGCACUUCUGGAGGCGGCGAGGCUGUCUGUGAGUUCCGGAGAUCAACUGCAACCCUCAGGUCGCUGGUUUCUGCUGCUACUAGCCGGCAACUCCACAAUUGUCCGCCUCAGACAGAAAGACUUUGCCAAGUACUUGAAACUCAACCUGGCUGCGAGGUUGUCUCUAGAGUAUGACGAGGUGCGGGUGAACAGGGUAGUUCUGGCACCACCCCGUUUGAUGGUGAACGUUAGCGUGGUGCCCUCCAACGAGAACGGGGUGGAGGAUUUGGAUGAAGAACUCGAAAUGGAUGACAGGGUGUUUGGAGAGGAAGAGGCGCCCCUCCAUAAGCUUGCAGAAACUAAUGCAACACUUUUGGAGUUGUCUGGAGAGGAGUAUCAUGUGGUGAGGUUCUUAUCGCUGAGGUCACAACAACCUGUGUCACUGGAUGAUGUACCAUCAGCUACAUCGAUGAUUGUCAAUGAUCGACACACUGAUAUAGAGACAGUGAUCUAUGUGGCUGUGGGGGGAGCUUGUGCGGCAGUUAUCCUGGUUACAGCAUUGAUGGCACUCUUCCGUUACCUGAGAACGUUGAACAUCGAUUGGCCCUGGCACAGGUCGAAGCCACUGUUCAACUCUCUGCCGAGACAUCAGCGCAUGAGCGAUGAGACACUGCCCUCGAUUGGAGGUCCCCUCACGGUGAUAUACUCGGGGAGUUUCGUGGACAGGAGCGGUCCUCCAUCUGGGAACUGGUUGGAAGAUCAUGCCUCAAUGUUGGCCGAAGAUCCGGCCAGUGAAGGACCAGUCUACACGUUUGCAGCUAACAGCAUUUUGACUGAUGCGUUGAUGACGGAUGCGGGUCUGACUCCAGACAGUCCGCGACAACCGAAGCCCGACAGCAAGCUGCACAUCUUGGGAUGUCGACCGGGUCAUCUGCUGAUUCCGCAGCGGUCGCCUGCCAACCAUCCCCGUCUUAACAGGGUUACCGCUGUUGAUAACCCCAACUACCAAUCAUAGUCGCUUCCAUGAGCCAAAACACCUUCCAUCAACGGAAUUCCUCCAUUGGAAUGAAAUUUGUGAUGUGCCAGAACACCACUUCCAUCAGCGUACUUCCACCAUUGGAGUGUGCCAGAACAUCACUUCUUCCACCAUUGGAAUGGAACUUGUGGUGUGCCAGACCACCUUGCAUCAAUGUACUGUGGGAACAUUGGAAUGGAUCUCAUGGUGUGCCAAAACACCUUUCAUCAAUGUACUGUUCCACUACCUCCAUAAACAAAGCCAUAGUGCAUGAUGGUGUCAUCCGAUGAGUGAUUUCCAAUGAACGAUUUCCGAUGUGCGAUCAGGGAGAAAAUAGUCCACUGAGCGAUCCAUUGUCCAUAAUAACAAUAAGGAUAGGCAGAUGCUAUGAAUGGGAGGACUUAGGUGUCAUUAAUCAUCAAGGACAGUGACGGAGGAAGGCCACAAGCGUAUGUGUAUACUCAGAUUAUGAUUGAAUCAGUACCUACCACCUCCCAUAAAAAGGAAUCUUUUGUUGAAGAAUAAUUGUAUCUAAUGAACAAUCUAUCAACAAACUAUUAACAAAUUCGAUUUGGUUAUUAUAAAUUUAUCAAAAUGAAAAAUGAAUUAUUAAUAUUUAAGCACCUAAGUUUGAAUGUAGAUUUUGAGCUCUGUUGAUGGAGUAUAGGAGCCAUUUCACUUUUAUAAACUUACUAUAACGAUUAUAGAUUGGCAUAAACUUGAAAUCAAUUGUGAUUGAUGUAGGUUGCUCCAGAUGUGAAGUUGAUCUUAAAUCUUCUUGAUAUCUGCAAGAUAAUUUAUCGCUUGUAUAGCCUUCCUCUGGCGAUUAAUGACACCCAAGUCCUCUUUAUUCUUAUUUUCCACUCAGCACAAAAAGUUUAAAAAACGUUUAAUAAAUGUUUAAAAUUCGAUAAACGUUAUGAAAACAACGUUUAAUAAACGUUAGAAAAGUUUACUAAAAUAAACGUUCAAUAAACGUCUAGAAUGUUUAAUGCUGAUGAACGUUAUGAGAACAACGUUUGAUAAACGUUAGAAAUGUUCACUAAAAUAAACGUUAGUAAGGUUUGGUACUGUAGUAUGGAAUUUUUACAGUACCUACCCAGUCAACACACUAAGUGAAAAUCAAUAAUAUUUUUCAGAAGGUGUCUCCUCCCCCCUCACCUGUGUAAUUUGUUAUUCUGAACAAUGGAUCGCUCAGUGGACUGCUAGCCCACAAAGUCGCUCAUCGGAGAUCGCAUAUCGGACGUAGUCUAACCGUGCAUGACAGGUGGUUGAUGGUAACGUCAGAACAGGUCCUCCUACACCAAUAAAAACAUUAGCUGAUAUGGAUCAGCUGAGAUCAACAAUUUUUCAUUGGUGUAGGAGCCCUACCUGUUCUGACGUCACCAGAAUUCACAGUGACUUAGCUGAUAUGGAUCAGCUGAGAUCAACAAUUUUUCAUUGGUGUAGGAGCCCUACCUGUUCUGACGUCACCAGAAUUCACAGUGACUUUGUUUACGGAGGUGGUGACUGUUCCCAUCAUUGGAAUGAAACUCAUGGUGUCCCAGAACACCUUCUAUCAACGUACUUCCACCAUUGGAAUCAAAUUCGUGGUGUGCCAAAACACCAACUAUUCUAGUCUUCAAGAACCUUGCUUCAACGAACAAUACUAGUAGUGUUCAUCUGCCAACUCGUACUGAUAAUAUUAAUAUUGUGUAUAUUUCAACCAUGGACAUGUACAUAUAGUGAUUGUGGAUUGUAUAUAGUAGAAAAUAACUUGGAAGCUACCCCCGUGCAUGUCUUGCAGUUUCUAUACUGGGGUCCACUUUACAAUGGCAGUGUUUGAUUAGCAAUGGUAUCUCUAUCCUUGUCUAUCAUCCAAUAACGCGGAUAGCACUAUCUCUUUCUAACUUUGCUCUGUUGCCAAAUUUUGAUUGAAUUCUCUUCCUGGAGACUCUUUGAAGAGUAUAGGAAAUCGUCAAGGACUAUUUGUCAAAAAAUAAAAGGAUACAUAUAAACAUAUAUUAUAUACAUCACAUUCUACAAUGUACAUUACAAUUUAACCCUCCCAAAAGCCUCAUUCUCCAUCCAUAAAUUCUUGAAUACUGUAGUAAACCCCGUUUGCUGAAUAUUUUUUUUCAAUAGCUUUUUGAAAAUAUCCUUAUUCUCAUUUGACGUCUUUCAACAAUGUAGAAUAUUAAAUAAAUAAUUAAAUAUGAUUUUAUUGC